AUGGCUUUUGCUUCGGCAUUAAUUGGUGUAUUUUUAUUUCUUAUUUUUGGUACAAAUCGUAGAGCAGCCGUGUUCCUUCCAUGUUGCUAUUACACUCCUUCUAUGCUUCCAACACAACAAGAAUCUUUAAAUGAUUCAGGACAAAAUAAUUACGUACUUGAGACACUUGAAUCGUUUGCGGUAAAUCUCCCGGAGGAUGUUUAUAAUGCUACCACUAAAAAAAUCUAA